AUGGUUCUGGGUCGGGAUGAUCCUGAACUGUUCAUACCUCAUUCUGCCUAUGCUCGAGGUUUGGCUAGGAACAGACUGAGCUUGAUUGGGAAACCCCUGAACCUAAGAGAUCAACCGCUGAAGGGUGUGAUUCAGGAGUUACCACGCUUAUGGGGUGUAUCUUCGAGAGUUCAUGGCCGUAUACCGGAUGACAGCUUUGUUCAGUUUCGUUUUCAACUAGAAGCAGACCUGGUGUCAGUGCUGCGAGCACAACUUUGGUUGUAUAAUGAAUGGUUUGUGGCGUUACAGAGAUGGGAAGACUUCCCCCGCGAAGAUUUUCUUACUUUCAUCGACCUUUGGGUUCAGUUACGUGGAAUCCCUCUGCCAUAUGUUUCUGAAAGAACUGUAAGCUUUAUAGCUAACACUCUAGGAGAUGUUGUUGAACUCGGUUUCAAUGAAGACACUACAUAUCAGAUUGCCUUUCUUCGGGUUAAAGUCAUAAUUAUCUUUACGGAUAGAAUCCGUUUUUUUAGAUGUGUUCGUUUUCAAUCUGGAGAAAAAGCCAUGAUUGGGUUUGAGUAUGAAAAGCUCACGCUCUGCAGUAACUGCAGUCGGAUAAAUCAUCACACUCGAUUCUGUCCCUUUUCAAUGGCUUCUGGUAUAAUACAAGAGCAAAACUUCAACACCUUUCUGGCUCCCCCGGUUAACCCGGCAGACGAAGAUGAUGAACAUGUGCUUUCUGAGAGUUCUGAUAUUUCAUCAUACUCGCCUAUCUCUCAACCUCCUCGACCUCCCUCUCCUAUGAACAAUGAAGAAGGAACUGUUGUUAUGCACCCUAUACGCAACCUCGCUGAUAUCAAGGAGUCCAUGGGAUCCAAUUCAGUCAAAGUUUCUCAACCCAAAACAGGUUUGAAGUAGGAGAAAGUUCCAAAAGGAAAAAAAGAAAGGAGAUUGAUACAGACCAGGCGAGGAAUACUCGUCUCCGUAGCAAGGUUACUGGAAUCAAGUUUUACCCAAUACCCUCUAACCCUCCUUGAAUGUCUUCCCUCGGGUGCUAGAUACAGAGAUCGGUGAUUGUGGUCUCUGAAAAGGUCUUGAUUAUUUAAGUUGCACUUAGUUGUUUCCAACUCUCUAGAAUAAUGAUCUUUGUAUAGUUUUAGGAUCGUUUGUUCUUUUUGGUGAUAGGUAUUUUGGGAAGAUAAAAGACAUAAAAGAAAAGUAUGUUGAUCUUCUACUGAUUACUUUUUGGAACUUUUCGGUUACUAAGUCUCUGAAGGAUGCAGCUUGAUGUGUAAGAACCUCUCAUAACCAAAGCUUAUGAUGGAAGCUAUAAGAUCAACUACAGUCUCAGAUUGGAAGUAUGGUCUUAUUGAGAGAGUUAUGAAAUCUCCUUGGUUCUUCAUAUUUUGCAUCGGUUUGAAUUAGUAGCUGAUUAUGCUGUUUCUACUGAUGUAACUUACAGUUUAAUGUUUUAAUUCUCAGCAGUUUGGUUGUGUUUUAGUGGAGUUUUUUCCACUGCUCU